AUGAAGAACCCAGAACAAUUAUAACUAAUUUAAGAAAUGGAUGAGGAAUAAUAAUAACCCUAGAAACAAAGAUCAAGUCGUAGCAUAGAUUCAGACAAAGAUGCAACAGGAAAUCAUCAGAUUAAAUAACGACCAUCGAGUUCUAGCCCAUCAGAUUAAAAGACAGUGAAAAAUAAAACCAAUCAUAGUGGCAGUCAAGCUAUAAAUAGUGGCAACGGACGGUCCAGCAAAACUCCUCAAGAUUUUUAGGAAGAAAUAAUCCCUCAAGUGAGAAGCAUUUUGAAAUAAGGAACUUAUAUCAGUCAUGCUUCUUUACCAAGGAGUAAAGGAAUUAGACCCAGCAGAUUAUAAAGGUAGUUAAUAAAUAGUAUAGUUUUAAGUUUACAGAGUCUAUAAUAAUCGAUAAGGAGAAAUAGAGUGUAUCCAGAGGAAAUUCGAGACAAUUCGGGAUCUAAUUAAAAUGAUUCAAUAUCAGAUGAUUCAUUUUUUGAAGAAACUGAAUAAAAUUUAGUAGAGGAUGAAACAAGAUAUAGAUUUGAUAAACGGUAUUAAGUUUAUUUAUUGAAGUUAUGCCCAUCUUUCUUACAUUGUAUUCCCUGACGACCCAAUAAAAUUGUUAUGGGAUAUUUUAAUUAUAAUAGCAUUAUUAUAUGUUUGCUUUUUAGUUCCUUAUGAAAUCUCUUUUAAGAAUGACGACACAGCAGAAUCAGCAGUUUAGCUUGGUUUUAACAUAACAAUAGAUAUCCUAUACGGGAUAGACAUAGUUAUAAAUUUCUUUAGUGCUUACGUUGAUGAUUAGGAUGAGUUGAUUGUGGACAGAAAGAUCAUAAUAAAACAUUAUUUGACUGGUUGGUUUCUACUGGACAUGAUAUGUGUUUUGCCUAUGGAUUAUGUCGUUGACGAUUACAAUACAACUGGCUUUCAGAAAAUUGCAAAACUGCCAAAAGCAUACAAGAUGGUGAAGCUCAUCAAGAUGUCCAGAAUGCUAAAGUUUUUCAUUUAAAAGAAGAAAUAUGGAGAAAUGUUGAAUCAAUUUUCAAAUAUCAGUGUAAUUCUGUUUAGUUAUCAUAGUAAAACAUUAGGGUUAUGAUUAUCUCAUUAUUAUCAGUAAUCCUAGUAAGUCAUUUGUUCUCUUGCUUUUGGUAUUUCGUUGGAACUAUUUCAUCUGAGACUUAAACUUGGAUUGACCAAUAUGUAGGAAAUGAAUCUAACUUUGAAAGAUAUAUCAUGAGUAUGUAUUGGGUCUUCUAGACUAUGGCAACUACUGGAUAUGGGGAUAUAUCAGCUACGAAUAGUACUGAAUAGAUGAUUGCAAUAAUCAUAAUGAUUAUUGGAGUGAUCUUCUUCUCUGUGACUAUCGGUUCAGUGAGUUCAUUGCUGACGUAAUUGGAUUCUUAGAAUUUGAAAUAUAAGGAAAAAAUUGACACUUUGAAUGAAAUUGCUAAGCAUCAUAAAAUUGAUAAUACUUUAUAUGCUAAGAUUUGUAAAGUGUUAAAGUAAGGAUACAAAAAUAAUUAGAAUGAAGUUGUUGAAUUUCUACAUCUUCUACCUUAAAACUUAAGGACUGAAUUAUCAUAAGCUAUGUAUAAAAAUGUAUUUCUGGGAAUCGAUCUCUUUAAACAUAAACCUUUAAGAUUUACAGCCUACAUUGGACCAUUGUUAACAAUCCUUAGAAUUCCAGAAGGGGAUGUUAUUUAUAACGAAGGAGAUUAUGCCAGCGAAAUCUAUUUUAUUCGUGAGGGCAGCGUUUCCUUAUGUAUAAAAGAAUGCGAUUACCAUCCCUUUGUAACAAUAGAGGUAGGACAAUACUUUGGAGAAAUUGAACUAAUUAAAGAAACUCAAAGAAAAUAUACUGCCAUUGCCUAAAAGUAAUGUGAACUCUUGUCACUAUCUAAGUCAAACUUUUAUAAAAUAUUCUUCUCAGAAUUCAGAGAAAUAGGUGAGGAAGUGCAUGAGGAUGCAAGAAGGAAGAAAAGAGAUUAUGAAGACAAGUUUACUAAAACCAAAGCUUACUUACAAGGUUUGGAAUAGAAGGCCGAAUAACAAUUAACUGAAAAUAAUACCGAAACUAAAAUUAAACUUGGCUUUGAAAAAUUCAAACGAAAUUUAAUGUUCUAAGCCUAAACCAAGAAAGGCAUUUUAGACAAAGCAAUCAAAGAUGCUGAGUAAUAGACUUCAAAUGAACUAAAAAGGAGGAUGACCUACUUGAAAACUGUGCUAUUGUAAAAGGGCAUCAUCAAUAAAAUGGAUGAAAGGAGUCCAAGCAGAAUAUCUCCUAAACUGAUCAAAACAAAUACUCUAAAUAGUGAAACCUAAACUAGAAAAUUUGAUAAAAAAAAUACAUUUUUACCAAUGGAUAUCAUUAAAUAGGCUUAACAAUUAAGCUCAGAUGAAGAGAACCACGUCAAAGACAAGUAACAGUAAGACUAAAAUAAUCAUCGAAUUACCAAAAAGGCUAUGACUACUUUUCUCUAACCUGAAACAAGGGAACAUUAAGCUGAUUUUCUAUUAUCUCAAGAUGGGAUGCUGAAUUCUCAUACUCCAUCAUCUUAUAAUACAAAUAUACAAUUUUUGAAAAAUAGAAAAAAAUAAUUGUACCUCUGA